CUUCCCUUUUGCCCAAAUGCACCUUCGCUCCCCCUCGACCACAAUGCGCAGUAAGUCGCAGCCUCGACUCAGAAGUGCCAUGGCCCAAUUCUAUGCUCCAUGAUCGUCGCUGUUCCCUCAACUUGUAUAUCCCGACGAGGUUGCCCCUGCAAGACGACCCACCUUCGCUUCCCCGCUGCAAUUGCUUCCCCGCGCUCCCGCCCGAACCCACGCAUCGACAGCGGUUUGAUAAGCCGCCCGAGUCAGCAAGCGCGUCGUCGCCCCUCCGCUGGCCGCCUAUCCCGAUCAUGAGAGCUUGCUAGCCAGAUCUGGCUCUCGGCAUACCACAAUGAAUGGCGAUGCUGGCCUGGUGGGCGUGCUGGUGGAGAGGCUUACAACCAGGCUCCCCCAUCGAACUGGAACACAGGCCCAAGACCUGUACCAGGACGAGAUCGUGGUCAUUACUCGCACCACCCUCGUGAAAAUCAGCGCCGCAUCCGUCGCCAUCGUGCUCGACUCCCUCCUGUCCUUUCUCGAGGACAUCGGCCGUCCCUACACCGCUGCCAUCUCGCACCCGCCGCAUGUGCUGCUCUCCGAACUCUACAUACUGGAGCUCAUCGCCGAUUGCUGCUCUAGCCAUUGGCAGCUUGGUGGCGCCAAUGCCUCCCAUGACAGCGGCGAGGACGAACCACUGGCCACUUUGCAAGGAGGCAAACGGCCGCCUCCUAAAGCACUAGACCAACUCUUGGUCGGCCGAGUCUUCGACGUGCUAAAGGUGCUUUUCGAUCCCAUACCCGAAGGGUACGUUCUGCCGGCGAAGACAAUCUUGGACGAGUCCUCCUCGAAGAACAUUUCGAUUCAGCCUCCCGACGAGCCCGGCGGCACGCCGCCCCUGUCUGCCCAGUCGGACGAGCCGCUUGAGAGCACUCGGCUCCUCCAGUCCCACGCCACGGUCAUCGAGGCCCGCGUGAAGUUGAUCGUUGAAUAUGUGACCGCUUCUAGCUGGCCUUCCGCCUUCGAUUACUUCCGAAAUGUCAUACACAACGUUCGCGCGGCAAUACCGGCUCAGGGCGCACCCAUCCCCAACGCUGCCGCCGCCGAAGACGAGCGAUCUGCCUUGGUUAUCCUACGUUUGGUCUCGUUCUUUUGGGUUGAUAGUCAGAAGUUGAGCCUCGUCAUACAGGAGUUCUGCUCGAGAUUCCUACACUUUCGCAAGUCGUUUCAGAACGCUGUGGCCAUCGUUUGCCCGCUGCUCAUUACCAGGUGGCUGGACAGGUAUCCCGACGAGUUUGUACAGCUACACAUGAUGCAGAAAAGGCGUGACGUGGGGCCGGACACGCUCUUUGACAUGACCCAGACCAUUGUGGACAAUGGUAGGAGACGUGCCCUGCUGUACCCUCUCCAGACCACUCUUCUCCUCCUGCUGCCCGACGUCUUCGAGGUGGCCAGCAAUCUUCGGGAGGCCAAGAGCGGCAGUAUGGCCAAGAAGGUCGCCUUCCUCGAAAGCUUGAGGAAGGCGCUGAGGAAUAGAAAUGAGCAGGCCGCGUAUUGCCUUGUCUCCAUUCUGCGCGCCGCCCGCCACUUCGAUCCCGAGAACGACUCGGCCCUUGUGAGCUAUGCCAUGGACGUCCAGGACGAGGUUCGUGAUGCAGUCUUUCGUCGCCCUACUCCCGGUAUCGAUGGCGGCCUGUUCGAGCAAGACGCCAUGACAGCCGCCUUCGUUAGCCUGGCUCACUUGAACUUCGAAGACUGCGUGUCUUCUCUGGCACAGAGCUGCCUCGCGCCAUCUGCGCCCCUUGGCUUCAAGAUAUCCGUCAUCCAGGCCUGCUCCCAUUUUGCCAGGCUGAGCGAUCGCCAGAAAUACCAAGAAUUGUUUACAGCAACCUCCGCCUUUAUCCAGGGGCAGCUGAAGAACACGUCCUCGUUGCUGAUCGACACAUUCGUGGGGGACCAAACCCGCCGCAAGGGUCACGAGAGCCACUCCUCGGUUACCAUGAUAUCCAACAUCCUAAACUUUCUGGAUGCGUCUCCGAUGACUCUCUUCGAAGGGCCUCCCAUCGAACCCGGCGAACGUGACCGUUUCUUCCAAGAGAACUUUGAGUCGAUUAUUUCCUGUGUUCUUGCACCCAACGAAUCUGCCAGGCGGCUCGCAACGACUGUAGCCAAGCGCCUGUUGACUAAUGAGCUGAUUCUGUCGUCGCUGAGGGCUUCUAAUGCGUUUGAUUCGCAGGAACUGAAAUCCCAGUUCUGGCGCCUUAGCUCCCUUGUUCUGUCUUCAAUGUGUGAUCGCCUUGGGCAUACUGGAAGCGACAGCGGACUCAAGGCAAUCCAUGGCUACCUCGAAUCCCGGCUCCUGCUUCUGAAGUCCAUCUCGGAGCUUUCCGAGUUAUCGGAGGAAAUAGUCGAGCGAACAGCAGCGUCCACAAAACUCGAGACCCUUUUCCUCGUCUCACUUUGUUCUGCCGACAUAGCAAAGUGCCAACUUGUGACGUCUUGCAUCAGCAUCUUCCUAGAGGAAUGUCGGAUCGUUGAUGCCCCCUCCGAGUCGACAAGACCGUCAUCGACUCUGUUGCGAAACGAGGACGUAUUUAGCGAAAUCGCGUCCCGCGCCUUUAGAUUUACGGGCCUGGUUGCAUUCCAGAAGAGGAACCGCGGAUUGCUCAGGCGUCUGCAAUACCCGAGCGGCGGAAUACUCGAUGCGUGGGAGAUGGGUUUUGACAAGUGGCUUCACCUCUCCAAGGACGUCUCAACGUCAUCGGCAGAUGCUGUUUCGGAGAGAACUGUGGCCGAAUGGCGCAACUACUCGGGCUUUCUUGCUUCGCUCGGCGGCAUCUGCACCGCCGAUCAGGCUGCCACCCACGAGGAGCCGACCAUCAGCGGUCUGCGGUGGAUUGACAGACUCUCGUCGGAAAAUCACGAGGAGCCCCUGCUCGCCAGAUACUUGAGGUUGAGCAUACAGCUGCUAGCAUGCAGUAAUGUCAGGGUUCGCGAAGCGAUGAGAGACGUCUUGUCAACCGAGGUCUCGCCCACGCUAUAUCAGCCGCUCUUCAGGGCCUUGGAGGCCGAGCUGGACGUCCUGUUCACCGGUGCGCUCGAGGCCUCUGCCAAGGGCCAGGAUAGCGAGAUCAUCUUUGCAGAGCAGUCGGCGUCCUUACUCAAGGGCCUGGUCGAAAGGCUCGACACUCCGUCGGAUCUGGGCGCCGCAUCUUCGGUCCACCUCGGUGCGCUAACGCUCAACUUUGCCAAGUUCCUCGACGGCGUCCCAGACACGGCCAGCAGCCUCCGCGUCAAGAUCAAGAUCUGCCAGCUCUGCGAAGCCGUCACGAAGAGGAAGGAACACCUCAACCUUCGGGACGAUGUUCGUAUCCGGAAUCAGCUCCUCGAGUAUAUAUUCAGUUGGAUUGCGCGGCCCAAGUCUCCAAAGACUGAUACUGGUGCUUUCAACGGAGGCGGCCGACAGGACGAGACCUCGAGGGUUCAAAAGGAUCUUGACAAGGCCUGCCUCAGGUCUUUAGCAGAAUUGACAUUUCGCCUGCCGCUGCAGCCCGGCGAUGGCCAAAGUGAUGCAGGUACCAGUGAGCUAAAAUCGCAGAUGUUCCACCAGUAUUUCAACCGCUUCCUUUCGUUACUCAAUCUCGAAGCCCUCGAGCUCAGCCGGACCGAGCACUUGGGAGGAGCCGCAUCGAGGGAUGAGUCGGCUUCGAUAUCCGACCUCGCCAUCACCAUUUUGUCCAACUUGUUAAGCGCCAACAUUGAUGUCGGCCUCAAGCAUUCACUAAGCAUAGGAUACCAUGAGAACCUGGAGAUCAGGACUGCCUUUGUCAAGGUCCUGUAUAACAUCCUGGUGCAGGGCACCGAGUUCAAUAACCUGUCCGACGCCGCGGUACACGAAAAAUACGAUGACCUAUUGGAUAUCCUAACGUCGGACACGAAUCUGGCAGCUGCAAUGGCCGCAGUCUGUCCGGGCCACGAAGUCGACGAGCUGACCAUCUCGCUACUGAACAUAUUCGAAGCGAGAUCACUCAGCUUUGUCCUUCUCGAGGCGCUGAUCAAGCAGGAAGUCGAGGACACCGAGAACGAGUCGGAAUUGCUCCGACGAACGUGUGUGGCGACUAAGAUGCUCUCCGUCUAUGCCAAGUGGAAAGGGGCCGGCUAUCUCAGGGCCACUCUGAUGAAGGUCGUUGAGAGGCUAAUGCUCACGUCCAAGGAUCUGAAUCUCGAGCUUGACCCGACGAGGAUCAGUACCGAGGAGGAGCUGCAGAAGAAUGCAAUCCAAUUGCAGAUUGUCGCCAAGGUCUUCAUAGACGACAUCUGCGCUUCAUCCGCGAAUAUUCCGUCUUCCUUCCGCAAGAUCUGCAGCAUCAUCUCCGAAGCAGUAAUGCCGCGGUUCCCAGAGGCGAAGUACACUGCCGUCGGAGCAUUUAUAUUCCUGCGCUUCUUUUGCCCGGCCAUUGUUGCUCCCGAGGUCGAGGGGCUUGUCGCCACGUUGCCAUCAAAGGAGAUGCGCCGGGGCCUGCUCCUCAUCGCCAAGGUCAUUCAGAACUUGGCCAACAAUGUCUUGUUUGGAGCCAAGGAGCCUUACAUGUUCCCACUCAAUGAGUUCCUGGCCCAGCAUAUCUACCGCGUCACCACAUUUCUGCGGGAGAUCUCGGUUCCCCCGGAAGCGAUCGAUGCGCCUGUUGAAGGUGAGUCGUUCGAUUUCGGCUCAUGCGUGGCGCUUCAUCGGUUUCUCUACGAUCACUGGGACCACGUACGCCAAAGAUUGAUCUCCCAGGAAAGGAAAGACUAUGUAAGGUCUCCAGCCGAGUCAACCCGUGGUCGAUCCCCGGUACUCGAGCCCCUGAGGCAUUUAAUCACCAAUCUAGGUCCGCCGCCGCUAGCCGUGACAUGGAACAGGCCCCAGAUAUCAGCCAAUCCCCCUCCAGUCUAUUCCAGGUUUCAGGACUUUAUGCUCCGCAACGCUUUCCGGAGCACCGAGUCGUUCCUUACGGCCCGUGCCGUGUACGACGGCGGCGAAAGCAAGGAUGGGCUCUCCGUCAUUUGUAUUAUCCUGCGCAAUGUCGACGCCGAAUCGAUUGAUUAUGAUACCCUAGUCUACUGCUACCUGAAGAUUGCGAGCCGUCUGUGGCACCGGCCCUUUGCGCUGCUCAUCGACGCCACAUGCUACAAUGGACAGAACGAGCCUCAGGAUGAGCUUUUCCAGAAGCUCGAGCUGCUUACACCAAGCGAACUCUCGCGACAGCUGUCUCGUAUCUACAUAUAUAAUAUGAACAGCGCUUGCAGGAAAUGCUUCCGUCGCAUGCUGCGCACGUCGACGAGGAACGAUGCCAGUGUCUUCAACCCCAAGAACGUGGAGUAUCACCUUGUUGGCAGCUUGCAGGACUUGCAGGCACAUUUCCAUCUGAGCCAGCUGCAUCUUCCCAAGGAAACGAUCAGCGUCGUCACUGAUACGCGCCAUGUGUUCCAAAACAUAACUCGGCUAUCAAAAACCAAGGGGAAAAUCGAGGUGGUGAUCAAGGUCGGCAGCCAAUUCGUCCAGGUUACAACAACCAAGAAACAAGAAGUUUAUCCUGGCUUCCGACUCAGCACUACCGUCAACGACAUAUUCCGCCUGGGUGACGUCGAAGAGGCACCAACCUCGAUACAGACCGAGGAUGACUCCGCCUUCGGCCUCCGGGCGGAUAAUGGGAAGAUCGUCAUGUACUUCACCAGCCCAAGGAAGACGGACGUUCUCCAUGCCAUUCGCGCUGUCAAGGCUAAGCACGGCAAGGACACCCGAGCGUUGAAGUCGCUUGAAAGGCUCAUCCGACCGCAAGAUGUGCCCGGAACGCUCCUGAACCUGGCCCUGACCAACCUCGCAAGCCCCGACCCGGUACUGAGACUAUCGUCCUACAAUCUUCUGGGGGCCCUGUGCAAGGCCUUCAAGUUCGCGGCCGCUUCCAAAUUAAUGUGCACCAAGGAUAUAUCCGUCCCCCUCGAUCCGUCGCAAUUCAUCGUCAAGAUCAGCCAGAAGCUCGCCCAGACGGAGCCGCAGCUGACGUCGGAUUUCCUAAACGAGUUUUUCGUUGGCUGGGACAGCUUCUCGGACGAGCAAAAGCCUCUCAGUUUAGCUUACAUGGCGCCCUGGAUACCCGGACUGCGAACCUGCCUUCUCCCAAUGGAGCUCGAGAGUGAUAAAGGCCGGGAGAAGAUUGCGGCCGUCUUUCGCCGGCUCAUUGACGUUAGCCUCUCCGAUGCGACUUUGAGCUUCACGCUAGAGCAAUCAGUCUGGCCCAUGAUCCAUCAGGAUGAGGUGCUCUUGGACAUCUUCUUGGAAGAGGUCCUCAAGGUGGCCCUCAGCAUCGGCUUCAACGAGGAGCACACGGAGACCCUGGCGUCCAUUGUCUCUGCCAUGGGUACCAUGUCGCUCCGCGGAAAAAUCAUAUCACGCCUGCGGAAAGCGCUGAACCGUUCGUCCCUUCGUCCAACCAAGUACCUCCCCGAGAACUCAGUUUGGUCGGAGAUCUGCGUACUGCUUCAGUUCUGUCUCGCCCUGUCUUUCGACAGCGGGGUACAAUCCCAGCUGUACCUACCCGAGGUAUUCCAUGUCGUUACCAUGUUGGCGAACACUGGUACUUCCGACGUCCGGCUAACGGUUCAUCGCCUGCUGGUCAACUCGAUACACUCUGCCUGCACGUCCUUCAACCUGGACGAACCCAGGCUGAACAAACUCAGAGCAACGCUGGAGUCCCUAUCCGAGCACAGGAGUGACAUGUUCUCUGCGCCCGCGGCCUUUGCAAGGGAUGCCGCUUCCAUGUCGACCAGCCAGGAAUCCGGACCAAUGCUGGCCGCGACUGAGAACCUCGCCGCCCUUCUCUUCGAGACAUGCUCGGUUGCUGCCCCAUCUAUCGACGUGGCAAAUGCGUGGCGUUCCAGGUGGAUGAGCCUGGUUGCCAGCACUGCCUUCCAGAACAACCCGGCAAUCCAGCCAAGAGCCUUCACGGUGAUGGGCUGUCUAGCACGGGAAGAGGUCGAUGAUGAUUUGCUCUAUCAGGUGCUCGUGGCACUUCGCAACAGCGUGGGCCGGUUCGGGGAUGACAGCAACAGCGAGAUGCUUGUCGCCAUCGUCACGUCUCUAUCGAAGAUGAUGGCCAAGCUCCCCUCGGCAUCUCGCUAUGGCGUACAGUUGUUCUGGCUAGCCAUGUCCUUGCUACGCUUAGUGCCACCAAAUCUCUUCAACUGCACUGCCAUGUUCCUGGAGUCUGUCUUGACGAACAUCAGCACGUCCGGGGACAUGAGAGGAGACAAGAUGGCGCCGUACCUCCUCCAGGGUCGGGUCCAGCUUGACGAUGCUUCGCUCCUACUUGACGAUGCCUACGGGAUUCAUUUCAACAGCGAAAACUUCCACUUUGCUGCAUGUGCGUGCCUGGUCAGGGGGCUCACCGAUACAAUCACCCGUGCUACAGCGCUGAGGGUCCUAUCAACCUUCCUUGAGAUGACGACCUGGACGUCGAAUAAUGACCCAAAUUCCAGGGAGCUCUCAUCGUCGCCAUACAUGGCACUCAUUCUCGCUCGGACUGUGAGCGCUUUUGAGCUCAAAGAUUGCUUAUGGCAGGCGGGUAUAAACCCAGACGUACUCCCCGACGCCUCACAGCCGCGUCUCGCCCAAGACCUGCCGGCCAUGAAAGACAAGGAUCUACUCCUCAAUACUGCGAUUGAAUUGGUAGAUUUCCAGUACCUCGAGGACGCUGUGCAGACUAGGAGUCUGCAGUGGCUGGAAGAGCUGGCGACCGUGCGGCCGGCAGUGGUCAUGCACUUAUGCGGCCCCAUCAUCUCGAUUCUGGAUGAUAUCCUCCUCCAUUGCCAGAACUCGGCGACAUUGGAGUCGGCACACGCGCUUCUCCAGGCCUUGACCUCGAGUCCGAAAUUCGCCCCGGCGCUAGAAUCCACAGGCAUGCUGAACGAGAUCCUGGAGGAUAUGGGCUUUGGGGGCCUCUGGCGGUCUUGUUCACUCAAUUUCGCCCAGGAGCAGGAUAAGCAGUGCUUUGUCCUGACAGAGAAGCUCAUCGAGCUCAUCAUCAUCUAGGACAUAUUACGAGAUGGACAGCUGUCAGCCCAGCAGCGUCCGCUAACGGACACGAAUGAUUUUGUACAUAAGCCGUCAAGCACAGAAAAGAAAAGAAAGAAACAAAGAAAGAAAAGACCUGGGAACAACGAUGAUAUCAACCAAAGAGGAAUUGCUCUUUCCAUGGCUAUUUAUGAUACGAAUAUAUAUACCCAGAAAUAUCGAGGUGCCGAGUGAAAAGAGAAGCUAGAAACGGCUGGUCCAGUUUCAGCAAGCAAGGGCGGAGGAGGUCCAUGGCCGAUAGGCAGGGAAGGUGGCUCACAUAGAGAAGUAUGGAGUAGCGCUACACAAUACCCUAGUGACCGAGGGAACGGGCUGGCCCAUGACCCCGGCCGAAAUACAACUUCCUUUCUCAUCAGACUACAGCAGAUCACCAUAUAAUACCAUGUAUAACACAUAGAACCAAUCAAUUAUAUGGAGCAGCUGCAGAAGCUUCACCUUGGCGAGGC